UAUGGCAAGCCUGAGUGAGGCAAAACAAAUCUCCAUUUUGGCCUGAAACAAGGCAGUGAGUUCUUCGAAUUGGUUGGGUUCGCCAUGUCGUCCGUGCCGCGAUUUGCCGCCACUUCCCUCAAGGAGCUCCGCAUCCAUCUGUGUCAGAAAUCACCGGCCUCCCAAGGAGUGCGCGACUUUGUGUCGAAGCACUAUCACGGUCUCAAGAGCGAAAAUCCCCAGUUUCCCAUCAUGAUCCGCGAAUGCAGCGGGAUCACCCCCAAAAUCUGGGCCCGCUACGCCUACGGACAAGAGCAAUUCGAAGAUGUGUCCAAUAAAAACGCGGAUCAAGUGCUCCAGACCAUUCGUGGACUAGCCAAAUAGACACCACACGCCGUGACAGUCAUCUUUAAUAAAUGAUUAUGUAGAGUAUCUGGCA